CAAUGUAGCUUACACGACACGCGUUUGGCAUUAAGAGUUUUGUCGUUCAUCACCUCUUUAUAUAUCUCGUAACUACAUCAUACGACUACUAAAAUCAACUACUACAACUACAUCUUGUAACGUUUUGUUGUAUAUUCAAUAAUGGUUUUAACUGCAGAGGUAGAUCUGCCUCAAUUCUCCACACUGACUGUACCGGAGGUCAACUUGUCGACAUCAACUUUAAUGUCGGCUGCGCCAUACCUCGGUAAGCAUUGUGAAAGUAUCAAUAACGAGUUCAUGCUGUGUCGACAAGAAACCAACGAUCCUCGUUCCUGCCUUGAACUAGGGAAGCGCGUAACGGCAUGUACAUUGCAACUGUUUAAGAACAUGAAGAAAGCUUGUUUGCACGAAUUUAAACAAUAUGCGAACUGUAUCGACAAAAGCUCUGGCGAUUACGGUUUUCGGCAUUGUCGUAAAACUCAAGCAGUACUCGAUUGUUGUAUGAAGGAUAAGUUGGGUCUAGAAAGACCUCAUGUAGGUCAUUUUUGUCGUGGACGAGUGCACAAAAGCUCUUGCGCACCACCGAGACCUCCACCUUGUCCUUGUCAGCCAAUCGUGCCGGAUCCUACUCCUUCGCUGCCCGACUCAAAGCCACGUUAUCCACCGCGCCUAGGUAGCCGUUUUUAUUUUAUGACAGAGUAGGUAGUCGGUGAAAAUAAAAGAAAAAUAGAAAGCGUUUUUUAUUGGUUUAUUUCUUGUACUUUAAUUGUAUUUUUUGAUAGCAAAUAUAGCAGUAACUGACCUAA